AUGGCAGCUUUCUUCCAGCGACAACCCUACCUCAGCAAAGCUGAGACCGCAAAUACGGCAUUGCCAUGCUCAAAUAUGUUCUGGAAGGCGCCAACAGCCUGGGCGUGGAAGUCUCUCCUGGGGCCCGCCGAUAUACCACCAAGCACGUAUUUCCUCACUACACUUACCACAAUCCUUCUACACAAUGACCUCCCCGACGUUCUGCCAUUCCCUCCAUUGGAUGAUUUCUGCAAGACUCUCUAUGCUUACGUCUUGCAUACUCAUGUCUUCGAGUGGCGGCAGACGAUUUGUAUGCUCAAUCCGACCGGGCUUCUUAGCUCUCCCCUAUCUUUGGCACCGCAGAAUAUUGGGGAGUCACUACAAGAGCGCCGGGAAUGGCUGAUAUCUUGCCUGAAGAACUGGGAUACUUUCUAUGGAAAUGAUAAUCAAGCCGAUCCUACUAACCGCAACCCCAAGAACUCGUCGGGAAUUCUUCUCUUUCAUUUGGCGAUGUUGGCUCUCCACCUAAACUUUUCGGACUUGCAUAUGGUCACUGGAAGGUCUGGAUCUGAGGCAGAUAUCGAACUGGCGAAGCAGUCUCUAAGGAACUGGCUGCAAAAAGAAAGAGUCCAAAAGAUAUUCGACUGUAAUACUCGAAUGCUGAACGCAGCCCAUGAUGCGAUCACCGCCGGCGAUGCACAACGCAGCGGCUUUGAACUUGCCAUCUGUCUGUUUAUGGGAGGUCUCACUAGUUGGGCUAUAUCGCGUUUUGGAAGCCCUGUUCGAAUCUCUAUGCUGGGAGCCUCGAGACAAUAUGCCAGAGGUCAGAAUUUUGAUCAGUAUCAGAGCAAUCCUGAAUUAAGCACAGAAAGCUCAUUUGACCCAAGAGAUGAGCUGAACGGUCAAGUUUCCAAUGCGCGCGAUGGGUUGCGAUCGUUGAAGUGUUUCCGGCUCGCUGUGGCAUUUGGGGACAUUCUUGAGCUCCACAGCGGACCCGAUUGA